CAUCAAUCGGCAUUGGAGAUGGGCCUGAGCCUUUAUUUCUGCGAAUAUCCCUUUUAGAUGCACUAUCAAAUGGGGAAGAUAAGGUUUUAGCUUGUCUUCGAUUCUCUCAUUUGUUUCCCUGUCUUGUCCUUGUCUGCUUGAUUGUCAUCUUCCACACCUUUGGAGUUAAAACACCCCAAACCCAGUUUCAGAAACUGCACGCUCAGCCGAUUAAGACUGAAAUUUUGGGUUUUUACAAGCUAGGAAGGAAGGAAGGAUCAUGGGGCUAGCUUCAUGGGUUGUUAACAAUUUUGUGGCUUUGGCUGUGCUUCUGCUAUGUUCUGUCUCCAUCAAUGUUGCGGCUGCCGGGAAACAGGUGCAGGGGGAAGGGCAGAAGCUGAGGUUUGGGCAGAAUGGAGAAUUUAAGAUACUGCAAGUUCCUGGUUGCUCUGAUCUCAAUACCACCGCUUUUACCCAGCGGAUGAUUCUAGCCGAGAAGCCCGAUUUUAUUGUUUUCACUGGAGAUAACAUCUUUGCAUAUGAUGCUACUGAUCCAGCAAAAUCUUUGGAUGCUGCCUUUGCACCUGCAAUUGCCUCAAAAAUACCAUGGGCAGCUGUUUUGGGGAAUCAUGACCAGGAAGGCACCCUUUCAAGGGAGGGUGUCAUGAAACAUAUGGUUGGAUUGAAGAACACUAUGUCUCAAUUUAAUCCUCCAGAAGUGCAUGUUAUUGAUGGUUUUGGUAACUAUAACCUGGAGGUUGGUGGAGUUGAGGGGUCUGGUUUUGAAAACAAGUCUGUUCUCAAUCUAUACUUCGUUGACAGUGGAGAUUACUCCACGGUUCCUUCCAUUCCUAGCUAUGGUUGGAUUAAGCCUUCUCAGCAGCUUUGGUUUCAACGCACUUCUGCAAAGCUUAAGAAAGCCUACAUGAGCCCACCAGUGGCUCAGAAAGCUGCUGCUCCUGGAAUUGCAUAUUUUCACAUCCCAUUGCCUGAAUUUGCCAGUUUUGACUCGUCGAACUCCACUGGAGAAAAACAGGAAGGCAUUAGCUCUGCAUCUGUGAACUCAGGCUUCUUCACAACCAUGGUUGCGGCAGGGGAUGUGAAAGCUGUUUUUACUGGUCAUGAUCAUAUCAAUGACUUCUGUGGUGAAUUGACUGGCAUACAACUUUGUUAUGCUGGAGGUUUUGGAUACCAUGCCUAUGGGAAAGCUGGAUGGCCAAGGAGAGCAAGGGUGGUGGUAGCAUCUUUAGAGAAGACUGAAGAGGGUGCUUGGGGAGCUGUUAAGUCCGUUAAGACAUGGAAGCGCCUUGAUGAUGAACAUCUCACAGCUAUUGAUGGUCAGGUCCUUUGGAGUAAGAGCUCUGCAGGUAAGCUAAACUAUAACUUUUCUCACUCUGUGUGUUAACUAGUCCUAUUCAUUUAGAAGGUUGGAAUUAUAAAGGAACAUCUUUGUAGUGGUUUUUAAAUUGUGUGAUACAGCCACUGAACAGGCCAUGUAAUGAUAUCCUGCUUGAUCAGUUCUUCUGAGUGCAUGUGUGUGUGUGUGUGUGUGUGAUUAUUAUUAGUUUUGGAUUGAUUCUUUUAUUAAAGAAUGUAUGAGUGA